UCCCGCUGGUUUGAAGAAGACUUGGGAUGCUGGUCACGAUCUUCCCGUGCAAAUUGGCAAGCAAUAGGUCCCUGGACGAUGGUGCUGAUCAGAGCUGAACAAGAUGCAUCCAACAUCGGUGGUCAUGCUAGUGAGCAUAUUGAUGAACUCAAAAGAAGCAAUCCACAGAAUGUUCAGCGGCGACACAAAGACCAAUUUGUAGAGUGGUUUGAACGUGAAAUCACCAAACUCCAUGAAGAAGGAAAAGUGAAUGAUCUUAUCUAUGCACUUUCUAAAGGACCAGACCAUUGGGCACGAGUUUAUAAUCGUUGUUUCAUCAAUGGUUUUUUGUUUCGAACAGCUCGAAAAGAGAAUAAUCUGAGUACACAAAAUAGUGGUGUUGUUGUGAAAGGUGAUGAUACUACUGGCAAUAUUGAUUGGUAUGGUGUGAUAACAAAAAUUAUGUCACUAGAUUUUGCAAUGGGAAAGGAGGUUGUGUUGUUUCAGUGUGACUGGUAUGAUGUGCCUACUGUCAAUAGAAACCAAGGUAGAGGCUACAAAAAGGAUCAAUAUGGAAUUAUUGAUGUUGAAACAACUCAACGUCGAUAUAUAUAUGAUCCUUAUAUUCUUGGGAUCCAAGCCGAGCAGGUGUUUUAUGUGAAAGAUGUGAAGAAACCAAAUUGGUCCAUUGUUAUAAGAAUGAAGCCUAGAAAUCUUUUUGCCAUUCCCCUUUUAUCAGAUAGAGACAAUGAGGUGGAGAUUGAUCUCGACUCACUGGUUGUCGGAGUGCAAGACAUGAAUGUAGCACACACACAUGACAAUAUCACUCAUUGGAGUAGAGCUGACAUGGCAAGAGUAAGUGGUGAUGCUUUUGUAAUUGAAAAGGCACAAGCUGAUGUGCAGUCCAGAAAUGAGCAAAGUGAUUCAGAGAUCGAUGAUGACGACACCCACAUUGAUGAGACUGUGAUGCUGUUGGGCAUCCAUUACAUCAAGAAUCUGAUGAUGAAUUCUUUGUGUAGAUUUUGA